UCCGCAAGAAAGGUACUCAGUUUCCCGGGUGGCGCUGCGGCACGGGUUCUUAAAUCUCGUUCUCCGCCUACCAGAGUUUGAAAUCAUGGGCGGCAGUGGUCUCUGAUUUAGAUUUGGUGAUAGUGGUAGAGUCCUUGAUUUCCGGAGUUCUUAAGCAAGAUUCGGCUCAUUCUACCCUCACUUGAUACAUACCGGUGUUUUGUUUUUGUUUUUGUUUUGUUUUCUUACUACUCUCCCAAGAACUCCUAGUUUCCUAGUUCUAGAUUCGCAGUAUUGCCGUGGUACUGUACCUGCAGCCGUAGCAUCCCAUUCCCACUUUGCUCUUUUCCAUCUAACACUGUGGCCUGUCCUGGGCUGUCCUGCGGGUAUCUCGCAGGAUGAGCAGGAGCCCUAACUGGUCCGAUCAGCUUCAUGCGGUUCUCAGUUCAACUGAUGAAAACAUGGCCCGGAUUAAGCAGAGUUUGUAUCCCCUUCAAGUUUCCUCUACAGGGAACCUGGCUGACACCUGGAUUUCCCCUCAUCACUUGCCUCCUCAGCCAGGGGCCCAAGCUCAACAGCCUUGGGCUCAAAAGACUCCCAUUCCUGGAGAGAGACUGAGCUGCACUGAAGGCCACAGCUCAUCUCUCUGGGAUGAAGUUACUAAACUACGAUCCCAGCUUCAGUCUCAGGCUCAGGUGACUGAAGCUCUGAGGCAUGCUGUGCAGAGCCUGUUGAAGGAUCGGGAGCAGCAGAUCUUCAAGAUCAGUGCUCUGGAAGCCUCACUGAAACUGCUGCAGGAGGGCCCUAAAGGGAGAGCCCUCCUGGAGCAACGCCUGGAAGGGUUGAGAAAGGAACUGCAGGGCCUCAGGAGUCAGGUUCAAGAGCUAGUCCAAACCCAGAUGAAAACAAGACCCGGAAAGUUCAGUACUACGAGUGGCUUUCACCAAAAGCUGCAGACCGAGCACCAGCUUUUGUGGGAAGAGUCAGAGAUUCUUCGGGAGGAACUGAAGUUGCUUCGAGACCAGCUGAGCCAACAUCAGGAGUUGCUACUGGAACAGAUGGCCGAGGGGCGCCAGGUUCAGGCCCGCAGCUGGAAGAUGUUGGAACACCUACAGAGUGACCAGAAGGGCAAGGUUCAUACCUUGGAGGUUACCAGGACAGAGGCCCAUGAUGCCCGGAAGGAGGAGCCCUACCUCCUCAGCUCUGAAGUCAGUCUUCCAGACUGUGACCGUAGCUGGGAACUUUUAAAGAAACUAGAUAGGGAACUCCAGAGCAGUUCCCUUUUUAACCUGGAAUCCAGCGGCCUUCAGUCCCAUGUCCAGAGUCUUAGGCAAGAGGACCUGUUCCUUCAGGGCCCCAGGAUCUUCCAGGGUGACCUAUAAGGACCUGUAAGGAAAUGAGAUGAGGCUCCUGUCCACGGCGGCUUUCUCAUGCCCUCUGGUAUGCACCCUCUUCAUUGAGGCAUCUCACUGUCCAACCAUUCCUGCUCCCCAUCUAAUUUAAAAUAAAGUGGCUUAACUGCCUGA